AUGGCCAGGCUGAAACUUCUACCGAUCUUCGGGCUUCUACUGCUGCUCCUCUACAUCGUCGAAGGCUUGAAAGUGGAGAAAGGUUGAUUUUUCCAUCGGAAACAGUUCAAAUAAAUCAAGUUCAGUUUUGGAAGAACUCAAAAUCGAAGGCUUGAAACGCAAAACCCUUUCAGGUAACUUGAAAAUCUAAUUUGGAGUUGAAUUGACUUUUUAAGCUUUAUCUGAGUUGGAGAGGAAAGCUUCGUCGAAAGGGGCAAGAAGUAUGAUUCAAGAUUCAAGACUUGGAACAGUCUGGCCUCUCUGCGCCCUCUUUUCCCUCGCCGGCGAGGUCGUGAUAACCUGAAAAUAAAAAGUAAAAACGAGAGGCGCAAAGAAGCAGACUGUUCCCAGUUUUGGCAAAUGCUCUAUAGUUUCUAUAGCCCAAAAUUUGAAGUAGGAUAUCAAAAAUUGGAUGACGGCACAUUUUGUGUGACAGACGAGGAUUGCAUCCGAUCGGAGUUUCUCGUCACGAAAACCGAUGAAGAAAAGAAGAGAUACACGUAAGGAUUAUCAUCAAAAAAAGUCUUUUGAAGAUCCUUGGACAUUUUCAGAAGAUAUUGUGCAUUGAGCAGGCGCUCGAUGAAGUUCUACUGCGAACAUGGUGAGUUGAUUGGGACUUUAGGAAAAAAAAAAAAGAAAAAAUGAAAUUGUCGUAUAGCCGGUGUACCGCGACUUGGAAUUUCACCAAACGACAUUCCGCUGUGCCGCUGCGUGCCUUUGCGAACCUUGGUCGCGCUUUUAAUUAUUUUUUCUUUUAAUAAGUUACUCUACUUUCAUGUGCUCCCACAGCAAUAACAAUCAAUUGGAAGCGUGACCAAGAUUCGAAAGAAGCUUCGCGAACACACGCAGCGGAACAGCGGAAUGUCGUUCCGUGAAAUUUCAAGUCGUGUCACACAGACUAUAGCCGAGCCGAUCUGGAGGGUUUACCAGGGAACGUUUUUUACCCAAAAUUUCUCGCAAUAGAUCUUGUUUCCGAGUUAUGGAGCUUGAAAGUGUGCAAAAUACGCAAAUUAGGCCGAAAAAGCGCUAUUUCGGGCUUUUGAAGUUUCCCUAGUUCCAACUGAGAGAACAAUUUUAUAGGCCUAACUAGCAAUAAUAAUCGAAAAUUAUCUGCAAAAAAAGCACGUUUUUCUGUUUUUCUUUUACGAGACGCAUGUAUUUACGUGCUGUUUUUAGGUUCAGUGAAGAAAAAGUCUUCCAGCUUUAAAACUGAUAAAAUCGGAUUUCUUAGUUUUCGUGUAGCAAGAUCCGAGAAAAAGGUAGAAAAUACUCGAAUAAAAUCACUGAAAACAUUUCAGAAGAGCUCGAUGAUGACUAUUGCGAAAAGGGCCGCAUGGCGGUGCUCAGCAACGACGGCACGACUCAGAAAUGCAUUGAGAUUGUGCCCACGGCAGGAACGGCUCCAGGGCAAGGGCCUAAUCCAGCGCCCGCACCGGGACCUUUGCCUAAUCCCGCGCCUGCACCAGGUCCCACACCAGGACCCACACCAGGACCAACACCAGGACCAACACCAGGACCAACACCAGGACCCACUCCAGCGCCCACUCCAGCGCCAGCACCGGGACCACAACAAGGGCCCAGCCCAGCACCGGGACCAGGACCUAGCCCAUCGGCCGCACCAGGACCAGGAAAUGCUCCAACUCCAACUCCGAAACCAGGAUCGGGACAAGGACGUACUCGAACUACAAAACCUGGACCAGGAGGCGCUCCAACUCCAGCCCCAGCACCAGGACCUCCUAGUUUGAAUUCAAACGUCACCAAGUCUACGACGGACGCCUCCAGUGACGCUACCACAGAUGCCGAUUCCGAUUCUGGCAACAAGGUUCUUCUUUUUUUAUAUUUCAGCGUUAGCCAAGGGCUGUUGGAAUCGUGGAGAAAAUGGUGAUUAGUGAUCACUUUUCCCUAAGAUUCUUCCAUUUUCACAAAAAAAUAUUCCAGAAGGACGGUGACGAAGAUGCAGACAGAGGCUCGUCGAAGAUCUUCAUCAUUGGCGUCACCUCCUUCGCGAUCCUCAUCCUCGUGACGAUCGGAUGUAUCAUGGCCUUUACAGUCUUGAGAAGGAAGCCUGCCAAGAAGGGCAAGAAGGGCAAGAAGGGCAAGAAGGGCCAGAAAGGUCAGAAGGGUCAGAAGGCCAAGAAGGAAAGUUCUGGCGACAAGAAGAAGAAUCCGAAGAAGAAAGAUGAGUCGGAGAACUCCAAGUCCAAGUCCGACAACAAGUCGGAGAACAAGUCCGCCAACAAGACGAUCAAGCAAAUGCCAACCUGGGUAAUUAUUUAAUUUUCUUUGAAAAAUUUCAUUCACCACUGACUGGGCGCUUUAUGAGAACCUCUACUGCACAUGACACAAACUCAAAAAUUCAAAUUUACGAAUUUCAGAACGAAGAAAUCCCGCCAUUGGAAGAACCCAAAGGAACUCCCACUUGA